ACUGUUUUGACGAAAAAAUGGCUCGGUUUGUACAAAGAAGUGUGUGUCACAUGAUAUUCGAGCACGUGAUGUGAGCUACACACGACCCAAUUUUUUCAUUAAGUCAUCACCCUAGAAUAUGUAUAUGAUCAUUGGUAUACCCUUAGUGGUAAUGAGAUUUUCAAUUGCAAAUUUAUUUACCUCAAAUCACCAUUGAUCGUUUCCAAUGGUAUGUAUGUAUGGAUUGUCAUGUUUUCCGAAUAACCGGAGGAGAAAAUUAUAAAAUCCCCAUUGUUAUAGUUUGAAGGCUACCAAAUAAAUUUGUAGUAAAUAUACGUCAAAAAAUUAGUAAGCUUCUCAAUUUGAUAACACCGUAAAAGUGGCUUAAUUGGGAAAGUCCCAAGAUUUAUACCGACCUAAAUUUUCCAAUUAGUAUAAAUAUAAUAUCAUGGAAUCUACUUAUAGCUACUGUAGUUUAUACGACUCUUUUUAAAAAUAAACAAUAACUUAGAUAUGUCGUUGAAAAUUUAUGAUUGGCCAACUGGACCAUUUCCUGCUAGAGUUAGAAUUGCAUUAGCAGAGAAAGGAUUACUUUCAAAAGUUGAAUUUGAACGAGUUAAUCUUUGGAAAGCUGAACAUAAAUCUGCUGAAUUUAAACAAAAGUUCAAUUAUUCAGGUACGGUUCCUGUUCUUGAAUUAGAAGAUGGUACUAUUAUUGCUGAAGUAAAUGCUAUCAUUACUUAUCUUGAUAAUCUUGAUGAUAAUCAAUUUCUUACUGGUCGUACUGCUGCUCAAAAGGGUGUUAUUCUUAACAUGACUAGAAGAGCUGAAUUAGAAGUCCAAGAAGCUAUUAGUACUUAUUUUCACAAUUCAACUCCAGGAUUAGGACCCCAAGUUGAGAUCUAUCAAAACAAAGAAUGGGGAAUUUAUCAACUUGAGAAAGGAUUAAGAGGAUUAAGACAUUUUGAUGAUGUUUUACAAAACCAACCAUAUGUUGCAGGAGAUGAAUUCUCUAUGGCUGAUAUUGCUCUAAUUGGAGGUAUGCUCUUUGUGUCGGUUAUGAAUAUCGAAGUUCCAUCUGAUUUAAAGGCUUUAUUAGCGUGGUAUAAAAAAGUUCAAGAACGUCCUAGUGUCAAACAACAAGCUGAUCUUGGAUUUCUUGAUGGUAGUAUACUUUAGAACAUAGAACUUUCCUAGAAAUGUAAGUUAUAUAAAUGAUUAUUAUUAAAAUUAAUAUAUUAAGGCAUGUAUAAAUGCAAAAGUUAUUAUAAAGGUAUAUACAGUAUAAAGAAGUUAAUAACCAAAGAUUGGAU